AUGGAUAUGGAGCCGGAGAAAUCAGCCUCAAAGUCGAGAUCACAAGCUGUCGACAUCCUCGUCGUCGGAGCCGGCUGGACGUCCACUUUUCUCAUCCCAAUAUGCGAAGCCCGUGGAUUGACCCACGCAGCAACAUCGCGAAGCGGGCGUAAUGGGACCAUCCGAUUUGAGUUUAAUCAGGAGCUCGGUCUAGGCAGUGGUGGUGGUAGCACCGGUGGAGAGGGGAACCAUGAAGCGGAGAAUGGAGGCGGGAAUCAAGGGGAAGCAGCGGCAUCGGGGGUGGGAGAUGUUCAUCGCGACGACGAAGAAGGUUUCGCGCGCCUCCCGCAGGCACAAACUGUCCUAAUAACCUUCCCUAUCACCAAACCUGGCGCCGUUGCCAGGCUCGUUCGUACGUAUAUGCGUCUGCAUGUACCCGAGGGCUCCAGUGCUCAGUUUAUCCAACUUGGGGCGACGAGCAUAUGGGACAACCUGCACCGUUGGUGUGACAGGCGGUCGCCGUAUACGCGCACUGACCGUGCGGCCUCGGAGGACGAACUUCUGGCUAUAGGGAAUGGUACGGUUCUCAAUCUCGCCGGUCUAUGGGGCGGUAAACGCGAUACUCGUAACUGGGUGGGCAAGGUCGCCCCGACGAAGGAGGCAUUGCGGAAUAAGGGCAGCAUCCACAUGAUCCACGGCCACGACGUCGCGCGGGCUAUCCUUGCCGUACAUGCAAACUUUGACAAGGCCGCUGGGCAGCGAUGGAUCCUCAGCGAUGGUCGUGUCUACGACUGGUGGGACUUGGCGUCAGCGUGGGGUGUACGGGACUCACCAAGCGGUGAUCGUGGCCCGCAUCCACUUUGGGUCCUCGAACUAAUGCAAGAAGCUGGAGUUCGUGGACUUCCGCGCGACGUAUCGCUGCUAGGCCGUGCACUUGACUCCAGAGACUUCUGGGUUACGUUCGGACUUACGCCCGAGAAGGCGCGGUUAGAUUCGGGAGACGUGUAA